AACAAUGAAACCUAAAAAUUCAAAAAGUUUAAAACGUAAAAGACUAAAACAUAUAUGAGGUUUGUUACCUUGGAAAAUUUACUACUGGUGGAUAUAGGGAUGGAAACACAAUGCAAAUUGAUUAAUAGAUUGAUUUGUCUAGUGUUGAUGCUCCUCGUUUCAACAGCUAAUACGAAUAAAACCUUUUCAACAACGAAACAUGUGAAAAUUGAUUUGCACAACAAAAUGAGGAAUGGAUUUCUAGUCGAUUGCUCAAGUAUUUUAUUUGAAACAGUGUAUAUUAUUGGUAUGAAUGUGGACUCCAUUAUUAAUGCAUUCGCUAAAUUAAAAUACCGUCGUGUACAAUUUACAUUAUAAAAAAUUAUAAUCAUUAUAUUUUUUUACUAUUAUAAUUUUCUAAUAAAAUGCGGCCCAGUACACUUCUGUGUUCUGGAUCCGCCGCUGUAUUUAACAAGAAGUUUAAAAAAAACAGUACUGCAAGUGGAAUUAAAUAUGCAAGGAAGACAUAUUCACAAGAGAAUCAAGAAAACUUGCUCUCCAAGUUCUUCGUUUCUCAUAAAAUACUAUCUGAAUUACACAACACCGAUUCAUUUUGGUAGCCGUCACGUCACUCUAAUCAUAUAUAAAUCUAAUUAAUACUUGUCACCCUUUCAUGGAAUAUCUAAUUUCAAAUGGACAUGUCACAAAUCACAAUAAUUUGAAGUUUUUUUUUUUUUUCUAUUCAUAUCUCCGUAGUUACCCAGACUACAGAUUGCAAUAAGGAUAUGAAAAACAAAGAGUUCUUCGAUAUAAAGUUAACAAACCCUUUGAUAUUGCGAUAUUACUUUAAUGUAAUCAGACUGAUUAAAAUUAAUUUGUACAAUCUAUAUAAAAAAUUUAAUAAUUCACCAUAGUUUGAACAUUUCACGCUCAUAUAUAAUCUGUCAAGUAUUCACGAGAUGAAAACAAUGUCAAAUGUAAAUAUCGUUAGUAAACCUAACUAUAUGGAGUAGCAUGCAAAAUAAAAUAAAAAUAAAAUUUAAAUCUUGGUCUAUACGGCGACAACUGACAGAUGGAUUGCCGUUUACCUUGACCAAAUCAAACGAAUCGAGGCAUCUAUCUCAUUUGACUUAAUUGCCUCAUGCCCACCGAGCUUUCAUGGGAUUCAAUUAAGAUCAAUAAGUACGAAUCAAUGUAACACAUACGGAUCUUCGAAGAACCCAAAAACAAAUGUAAUAAAAUUGAUCUAAUUAAAUUACAAUAGGAACAAUAUAAUAAAGUUGGAAACUCCAUUACAAUCUUUAGUAUUAGCACUUCGCUAGGUGGCUUGCAAGUUACCGUGAUUUGAAAACAACGGAUCGAUUACUUCGAAACGAAUGGUCGGAUGAUACUCAGCUUAUUGCGCACGCGAGACUGCACAAUUACAAAGGAAAAUAACGAUCAGCCAGCCAGUUGGUCAUUGUCUUAUGAGUCAUGAGUAUCGGAACAAAAUUCCACCACUAAAAAAAAUGUUUCAGUAUUACAAUAAUGAGACUCCGCCAUUAAUACCACCAUGCAACCAAAAAGAACGAGAUGAGUGAGAGAAAGAGAGACCAAGGGACUCCAUGAAAACGACAUGUUGAAUUUUAUUUUUUAUUUACGAAUUGAGUUUUACCUCGUUUUAUAUUUGAGUUAUUUUUGGGAGAUUGUAAAGUGUUUUUAUUCGGACAUUUUCGACCUACACAAAAUGGCGAUCGAUCGAAACAAACACUAGGUACGUUGAUUGGCGUGUAGGUGAUCGCGACGAGUAUGUGAAGACUACAGUCGCCCGAUAUAGCAAAACUCUAUUGGUGUGUAUAGGUUGUCUCUAAUCCGAUCAAUAUGUAGAUCAAGGGUCAGUCACUUCAGCAAAAUGAUCGAGCGUUCGCUUCUCCAGUCAACCGACCUCAAUAUGCUAUGUAAUAUAAAGCAGAAUAGCUCCAUCGACUGCUACAUUCUUUUAUAACGGUCUUUUUCCCCAAAUACACAUAAAAUUAAAAAAAAUUCCUAAACUACAGUACUUAUAAAAAAAAUCCCAAAAUAUCUAAGUCUGGAGUGGUUCGAGUAUGAGGAACUCGAACUACUAACUAGUUCGAGUCUAAGGGACUCAAUCUAAACAUAGAUCGAUGAUGUAAAUCUCGAAUCAUGUAGGGCUUAUACUCUUUUGAAAUUUCCAACAACCUUAACUUUGUGCUCGAUUAUCCAAUCGUAGCAAAGUUUUUUUUUUUCAUUUCACAUAACUUUUUGAGAACUACAACUUUCAUCAUAGAAAUAUUUUCAGAAUAUAUAUGGAAAUAUGAAAAUUAAAGGUAAAGUUAUUCCCAAAACUCGAUCUACGUUUAGAUCGAGUCUCUUAGACUCGAACCAGUCAGUAGUUCGAGUUCCUCAAACUCGAAUUCUUUAAAUAUGUAUUUAGAGAAUUGUUUCUUUUAUAACAGAUGGCUCAACUUGCGACAAUGUAAAGUGUCCCAUUUAUCUGAAAUGAUCAAUAGUUUGUCACGCAUGCUGAUACGUGGGCAGAAAAUCUAAACGGAGUCCGAUUAGUUGUCAACUACAUCAAGGCCCGAUGGCGACGUCGGGGUUGAUUAAUUACCAGCUUAAUUUUUAAACCGCUUCAACGCCUUGGCGAAACUUCCAUGAAAUUGCCAAGCUUAGCUUAGUUAUAUAGCUAUAGCUCAAGUUCUCAUGACGCCGACUCCUUCAAUCUUCAUCUAUAUAUAUAGUGGCGUAUUCGGUGCACCCACUUUUUCGGGUGCACUCAGUGCACCCGCCUCAUAAUUGUCAUUCUGAUCAUGUGAUUCAUGUCAAAAUGGUAUCAAUUGUUGCUUAUGAUAUUAUAAACAAGAAGCACAUGAAUUUGAAAAAAAUUUAUUCAAAAUUAACUUUAAUUCGAAGGAUUUAGGAUUUAGGGAUUUAGGGUUAGGGUUUCGGUUUACAAUUUGGGAUUUUGGAUUGGGAUUCAAAAUUGAAGGUUAAGGGGGUUAGGGUAAUGAAUUGAUUUGUUAUGAUUCUAUCUCAUAUCAUCAUAUUAGAUUGAGAGUACUAAUUAAAGUUCAAAAUUUGAUGUAUUAUGGACGCUUUUAGAGUUAGGUGCACUGAGUGCACCCAAAAAAGUGAGUGUACCGAAGUAGCCACCAUAUAUAUUCCUCUCCGUUGAAAUAAACAAUGGCUUCCGUAACCAGCAGGCCGGCAGCAGCUGCUACCUAACCUACUCCAGUUAUUUUCUUAGCCAUAUAUAACAAGGUAGCUGGUGGCUCUCCUCCUGCUCUCAACUCGUUUCCAAAUAAUAUAACAAACCGAUCAUUCGUCUUUCUAAACAAAACAAAUCCAAAAAAAAAAACUCAGUAUUAGUUUCGCUCCCUUGUUCCCUGGCAAAUUAAAGCGAAUGACGCCGGAAAUUGGCGGGCGCCGUCCACCGAAUCCGGUCCGGUGGCUCCGAUUCCUCGACGUCGCGAUCUUGUUCGCUGCUGUAAUCGGAAAUGUGACGGCGGCGGUGGGGCAGAGUGGUAACGCGACGGCGACAGCGGUGAAUGUCGGGGUGAUUCUGGACUUGAACAGGAGGACGGAUGUGGCGCAGGUGGGGCUGAGCUGCGUGGAAAUGGCGGUUUCGGAAUUCUACGCUGCGCACCCCAACUACACCACCCGCAUCGUCAUCGCCACUAGGGAUUCCGGCGGAGACGUUGUUCAAGCUGCUGCUUCGGCUCUGGAUUUGAUAAACAACGUGCAAGUCCAAGCCAUCCUCGGCCCAGAAACAUCGAUGCAGGCCAACUUCCUCAUCCCGCUCGGAGAAAAAGCCCAAAUCCCAGUAAUCUCAUUCUCCGCAUCCAGCCCAACCCUCGCCUCCAUCCGCAGCCCAUACUUCUUCCGCGCCACGCAGAAGGACUCCACCCAAGUCAACGCUAUCGCCGCCAUAGUCAAAGCUUUCAGCUGGCGGCAGGUCGUCCCCAUCUACGUCGACAACGCCUACGGCGAAGGCAUCAUCCCUUCCCUCGUCGACUCCCUCGAAGCUGUCGACGCCCGCGUCCCUUACCGCAGCGCCAUCUCCGCCUCCGCCACCGACGACCAGAUCGGGCAAGAGCUCUACAAGCUCAUGACCAUGCAGACCCGCGUCUUCGUGGUCCAUAUGGCUCCCAAUCUCGGCGCCAGGUUAUUCGCCAAGGCCAAAGAAGUUGAAAUGAUGUCACCAGGUUACGUGUGGAUAGUAACCGACGGGAUCACCGGUUUCUUGAAUUCCAUCGACAGUUCAGUCCUCGAGUCCAUGCAGGGCGUUUUGGGCGUCAAACCGCACGUGCCGAGGACCAAAGAGGUCCUCGAGUUCAGGUCUCGCUGGAAGCGAAAGUUCCAGCGAGACCACCCGGAGAUCCUCGACCCGGAUCUCAACAGCUACGGGCUGUGGGCGUACGACGCCACCGUGGCGCUAGCCACGGCCGUCGAGAAGGCGGGACAAGCCACAAACUUCACCUUUUUAAACAACAACAGCAGCAGUAACGUCGGAAACGGUACUAACUCGACCGACCUGGACAGGAUCCGGGCCUCGAGCAGCGGCCCGAACCUCGCUCUCGAGCUGUCGAGAACGAGGUUCGCCGGCCUCUCGGGAGAGUUCGCCAUCGAGCCCGACGGGCAGCUGAAGGGCUCGGCUUACGAGGUGGUGAACGUGAACGGGAACGGAGGGAGAGUCGUCGGGUUCUGGACACGUGGCGGAGGGCUGGCCAGAGAGUUGACGAACGAGUCAACGGCGGGGCGAAGGCCGUUGAGGGAGAGCCUGAUGAGGACGGUGAUAUGGCCGGGGGAUGCGGCGGCGGUGCCCAAAGGGUUUCAGAUGCCGACGAGCGGGAAGAAGCUGAGGAUCGGAGUCCCCGUGAAGGACGGAUUCAGCGAGUUUGUUUCUGUUAGUACGGAUCCCGGAACCAACAAGACGAGCGUGACGGGAUAUUGCAUUGAUAUCUUCGAAGCCGUCGUCCAAACGCUGCCGUAUGCGCUUCCCUUUGAGUACGUGCCCUUCGCCGACGCUAAUGGGGAUAGCGCCGGGACGUACAACGACCUUGUUUAUCAGGUCUUUUUAGGGAACUUCGACGCGGUGGUCGGAGACACCACGAUCAUCGCCAACAGGUCGAACUACGUCGACUUCACGCUGCCGUACACGGAGUCCGGGGUGUCGAUGGUGGUGCCGGUGAGGCCCGACGGGAGCAAGAACGCGUGGCUGUUCUUGAAGCCGCUGACGUGGGAUCUGUGGAUGACGACGUUCUUGUUCUUCCUGUUCAUUGGGUUCGUGGUGUGGGUAUUGGAGCACAGGAUCAGUAAGGAUUUCAGAGGCCCGCCUUCGCAUCAGGCCGGAACCAGCCUCUGGUUCUCCUUCUCCACCAUGGUCUUCGCCCACAGAGAGAACGUGGUGAGCAACCUGGCGAGAACGGUGGUGAUAAUCUGGUGCUUCGUCGUCCUGAUCAUAACCCAGAGCUACACGGCGAGCUUCACGAGCCUCCUGACGGUGCAGCGGCUGCAGCCGACGGUGACGGACAUCAACGAGCUGCUGAGGAAGGGCGAGUUCGUCGGGUACCAGGACGGCUCGUUCGUCGUCGGCCUGCUGAAGCGGAUAGGGUUUCGUGAUGACAGGCUGGUGCCGUACAACAACUCCGACCACUGCGACACUCUUUUCGGGCAAGGGAGGAUCGCUGCUGCGUUCGAUGAGAUUCCCUACAUCAAGCUGUUCUUGGCGAGGCACUGCUCCAAGUACAUGAUGACUGAUCCUUCGUACAAAACCGACGGCUUUGGAUUUGUCUUCCCCAAAGGCUCCGUCCUCGUACCCGACAUUUCCAGAGCUGUCCUGAACGUGACAGAGGGAGACAAGAUGACCAAAAUCGAAGAAGCAUGGUUCGGCAAGAACAGCAGGUGCCCUGAAUCCAGCACCUCUGUUUCUCCAGGCGGACAGCUCGGGCUCAACAGCUUCUGGAGCCUGUUUCUCAUAGCUGGUGUCGCCGCAGUUUCGGCACUCAUAAUUUUCGCGGCCACGUUCGUUUACCAGCACAGGCAGAUUCUGUUGCAGCAACAAGAAGGCGAAGAUAAUUCGCAACCGAAACCUUCGUUUUGGAGGAGGAUUAUGAACCUGUUGAGGACGUUCGACAAGAAGGAUCUCAAGUGUCAUACUUUCAGAGACGACAACAGGGUUGGCAAUAACGAGGUUAAUUUGGUUAGUCUGAAUGUGAUGAGCCCUUCUGCUUAUUCGGUCCAGACGGAGUUUCCUGUGGAUUCGUCGACGGUGGCGGCUACUCCUCCGCUUAUAGAUUCUUCGAUGGAGUUGCAGGACAACGAGACAAUGGCUCGGGGAGUGGAGAUAAGCAUUGAUUUGCAUCAGAAUUUCAAUGGAGGAGGAGAGAUUGAUAAUGCUAAUGUUAAUGAUGAAAUUACGAGACAUUGAGACGGGACUAUAUGUAGUUUAUUAACUUAGUUUGUUGUGUGUGUGUGUAUAUAGUAAGUUGAUGGUAGGUUAUUGUAGCUAAUAUUAUAAUAACCAAAAUUGAAUCUCGAAUGGCAUACUUUCUCAGAGACUGACAUAAUUGGUAACGAGGUUCAUCUUGCCAAUACGAAUGUGAUUCGCUGUCCUUCCGCUUUUUCUGUUCAGAGGGAGUCUCUUUUGGAUUCGCUCCAAUCACCUGCUCCGCUGAGUGAAUCUUUGUGGAUUCUACCCAAAGAAGACCUACUUCGCUGAUAGAAUCUUCACCAGAGUUGCUCGACGACACGAUAUAGCUCAUGAAGGUGUGAUGGUGAACGUUGAUUCGCAUCCAAUUUCUAGUAGUGAAGAACCCAUUGUUGAUGCUAACAUUAAUGAUGAUUAGAAGCAAGAUUAUGGAAAUAUGGUAUGGACGAGAAAUCAAUUGAUUGGAGGAGCAUGACAUGUAGUUUAUUCACAAUGUUUCACCGAGCAAAUCAUUGGAGGAGAAAUAAAUGGGUGUAGAAAUGACGAAAUGAAACAAAUGGGUUGGUGGGAGCCUCAAACUUGCUCCCUGAUUGGCCGGGAAACUGGAUCGGAGGUGUCUGGUAUGAACAGAGAUCCGAUCACCAGAAUCGGGUUUAGAUACAUAAUAUCAAAGUCUAAUAGAGAAAUAGUUCUUGUUAUUACAUCAUCAAGACGUGGCGAUGACGAUGGGUUGAUUAAUUAGCAGCUUAAUUAUAUUUGCUUCAACGCAUUUGUGAAACUUCCACGAAACUGCUAUAGCUCGAUCGUAUCUAAAUUCUAAAGUCUUCCAUUUCAAACUACGCAUUUCAUCCAUCGACUUUUCUCUUUCGUGGUUAUAAAUAAACUAGCAUUUUGCCUGGCCAGUUGGCCGGAUUGUAGUUAUUCGAUUUAUAGGCUAUAUCCCGUUUUAGUGCCCUUUUGCCCAUUUUUGUUUGUUCGGAAAUGUCGGGUCAAAUUGGUCAAUGAUCAAGUUGUGGUUAUUCCAUCUAUGAGAUAUAUCCCGCUUUUGUGUCCUUUAUUUUGACAUGUUUUAUUUUUUAUAAAAAAAAUUCGUGAAUUCAUUUUAUUAUAUAAAUUGUAUUUUAAGUGGUGUUAGGGGUGUAUAUGGUUCACCUACUGGAAUGCAAUCGUUCCAUCUCAUUGAUUGCCCAAUUUGCCCAUAUUAGUUUUAGUCACAAUGCUGAUAGGUGCAAUGUAAGCAAGGUCGUCAUAUUGAUUUAAAUUGUCAAGCAAAUUAAAUAAGCGAUUUAAGAUGCGAUUGUCAAAUUGAGAUCCAACCUAUUUGACGUGCAUUAGACAUAUUCUAAAAAGAUAUAUCUAUAAGGUACAAAAUUAAAUUCUAAUAAUAAAAUAAUAUAUAGUCAUAUAUAUAUAUGAGAUAAUAACUGGUAUACUCCAGAAGUAUAGCAUGCUCCAGGUAAUCUGAAUGUUGGAUGCACUUUGAUGAGCUCCGACCAAUCUCAAUAAUCAAUUAUUAAUUUUACUAAAUUCAAUAUCUAACAAACUUAAAAACUCACCCAACCACUUCAUAUCAUCUCAUUGUCCCUCCCCGUUCAUGUAUCUCUCUCUCUCCCCCCCACCCUUUAUCUCUCAGUCAAUGUGGUUGACGUGGCCGGUUUUAUAUGUACGAUUAACUUGCCUAGUAAAGCAAAAUACACGUAUGCAUUUUAUAUGUAAUUAUCCAUAUCGUAUUUUACUAACUAUGAUUAAGAUCAUUUUUGGUUUUCAUGUAAUUCAUAGCCAUUAUAUUUUAAAGCCAAAUUCAGUAGCGUUGGACCUGUGAGCCCAUGAUAUAUACUUCAAGUAUUCCGACCAAUAUGUAAUAAUUAUAUUUAACUACU